GUGGUGUCUGGGCCGCUCCUUUUCAGUUUUAACGAAAAUGAUUUCUGGACCGCUCUCUCUCUCUUUGCCUUCGCGUCUUUUUUUAUUAUCUAGAAAUUUCUCUCUGUUGUCUUUUUUGUUUGAGGUCUACUGGUGGUGCGAUCGUUACUGUGAUCAAUUUGCGGUCGUUUUCUGGGUUCAAGCGGUGCGUUUCUCCUUUGAAGUCGUUUUUUUUCCCUCUCACGUCUCUGCGAUCAAUUCGGUCUGCUGUCUGCUGUCUGCUGGUGUUGGUGGGAUCUUCUUGGAGUCGUUUGUUGAUUUUCGUCCUAUCGCUGUAAUCAUCUUGAAGAGGAGAAUGGCGACUUUUAUAAGGGCUAUGAUCAAAGCUCAUCGAGUUCUAUACAUGGAAACCCCCGCCAUUUUGAGAAGGAAAACAAUGCCCUUCAUGUCUGGCGCUUUUAUUGGGUUGGAGAACCUGCAAACCCGAUUAACUGAUCAUUAUCAGAGUCAACAUGGUUCUUUUUUUAGUUUCCGUAGCUCUUCUACAAAUAAAAAUCCUCUUCCGACAGACAUCGAUCUCUCAAAUGAAGAAAGCAAGAGGCGCUUGUUCAAUAGGCUGCUGUACCGGAGUAGACAACGAGGGCUUCUGGAAUUGGAUCUGAUACUUGGGAAAUGGGUAGAGGACCACAUCAAAUCUAUGGAUGCAGAUGGUAUCAAAGCCUUGAUUAGUGUUCUUGACCUGGAAAAUCCAGAUUUGUGGAAGUGGUUGACUGGCCAGGAGAAACCCCCUGAAGCAGUGAAAACAAAUCCUGUAUUUGCUGCUGUGCAAGAGAAGGUCGUGAACAAUCUCAACAGACAUGCCGCUCCUGAGACAAGGACGCCACCUGGGCAACAAUGGGUAAGGGGUUGGGAUGAUUUCAAGAGUGGUCGGGAUAGCCCCAUAGCAGGAAACCAGUAGUUCUUUGGUCAAAUGUUAUGAAUAAAUCUAUCUUAACUAUUUAAGAAUACAAAUGAAAGCCAGUUCUCAGGGCUGUAUGUUAUGGUGGUGGGUAGUGAUUUUGAGCCAUAAGUUAUCUAUCAAGGUCUUUUAAAGUGCUCCAGCAUAGCUUGUAUUUCUUAUAGUUUGUAUUGAUGCUAUAAAUCAAUGGGACCAUUGCUGCUUAAACAAUACAUUUUAGCUUGUUUUUCUCUUGGAA